AUGGACGAAUCACUAUAUGAUGAGUUCGGUAAUUACCUUGGGCCAGAAUUACCCGAAAGUGAAGAGGAAGAGGAAUCUCCUCAUCCCAUGCCCGAAGUUGAAGAGAGUUUUGGGGUCGAGGAACAUGAAGAUAUAAAUGAACCAAGCUUGGCUCUCAUGGAGAUUGACGAUAUUCCUCAAAGUCAAGUCGUUCUUCAUGAAGAUAAAAAGUAUUAUCCAAGUGCGGAAGAAGUUUAUGGACCUGAAGUAGAAACUUUGGUUCAAGAAGAAGAUACACAACCUUUAACUGAACCAAUUAUUCAACCAAUCAAAAUCAAAAAGUUUCAAGUUCAAGAAAAAAAUCUUCCAGAUACGAGAUAUAAAAAAGAAUUUUUGGUAGACAUGAUGAAUUUUCCAGAUUUUAUUAGAAACAUUUCCAUCGUGGGUCAUCUACAUCAUGGUAAAACCUCCUUUGUUGAUAUGUUGGUUAACGAGACCCAUUCAUCAGUGGCAUGGGAUGAACGUUAUACAGAUACUCAUACAUUAGAAAGAGAUAGAGGAGUUAGUAUUAAAAGUAUGCCAAUGACACUUGUUUUACAAGAUUCAACGCCUAAAUCAUAUUUGUUUAAUAUAUUAGAUACGCCAGCACUCAGAAUUUCAGAUGGUGCAGUUAUAAUAGUAGAUGCAAUUGAAGGGGUUAUGGCAAAUACAGUACGAAUCAUAAAACAUGUUAUACAACAAAAUUUGGCAUUCGUUUUGGUGGUAAAUAAAGUAGAUAGAUUAAUUUUGGAAUUAAAAUUACCACCAAAUGAUGCAUAUUUUAAAUUAAAACAUACCAUUGAAGAAGUCAAUAGUAUUAUUAGCCAAUGCGAAUCAGGGAAAGAUCUUCGCGUAUCUCCCGAUCGUGGAAAUGUUUGCUUUGCAUCUAGUCAAAUGGGAUGGUGUUUUACUUUAAAGUCGUUUGCAAAGUUAUACGCGGAUUCAUAUGGUAAUUUGAACACUGAAGAAUUUGCAAAACGAUUAUGGGGUGAUGUAUAUUUUAAUCCCAGUAAAAGGAAUUUCAGUAGAAAAGGUUUAGAGAGCAAGAGUCAACGUUCAUUUGUACAUUUCAUUUUGGAUCCAUUAUACAAAUUAUAUUCACAGGUCAUAGGUGAAGAUGAGAUGACCCUCAAACGUACACUAGCAUCAUUGGGAAUUUAUUUAAAAGCCUCUCAUUUUCAAUUGGAUGUAAAACCUUUAUUACGAAUAGUUUUAGAUCAAUUCUUUGGAACGGCUACUGGAUUUGUUGAAAUGAUAGCUCAACAUGUCCCUUCACCAGCAAACAAUGCCAUAAACAAGGUAGAACAAUCUUAUACUGGACCAAUGUAUACAAAUACUGCAGAAGCAAUGCGUAAAUGUGAUUCAGAUGGACCAUUGAUGAUUUAUAUAACAAAAUUAUAUAAUUCAUCUGAUGCUUCAACAUUUGAUGCGUUUGGUCGAAUAAUGAGUGGGACUAUAAAAAAAGGUCAAACUGUGAGAGUACUUGGUGAAGGUUAUUCUAUUGAGGAUGAAGAAGACAUGACAAUCCAAGAUGUUUCGAAUAUUUGUGUGCUUGUCACUGCUGAUGAAGCACCGGCUGGUAAUUGGGUACUUUUAGGUGGAGUUGAUAAUUCAAUAGUGAAAACAGCAACAAUCACAGAUAGAUUUUCGGAAGAAGAUAAAUAUAUAUUUCAACCUUUGUCUUUCGUUACCACCGCUGUUCUUAAAGUUGCCGUGGAACCUGUAAAUCCAUCUGAAUUACCAAAGAUGUUGGAUGGGUUAAGAAAAAUUAAUAAAAGUUAUUGUAUAUUAAUUACAAAAGUUGAAGAAUCUGGUGAACAUAUUAUUCUCGGUACAGGGGAAUUGUAUUUGGAUUGCGUAUUACAUGACCUUCGAAGAAUGUAUGCUGAAAUUGAACUUAAGGUUUCUGAUCCGGUUGUAAGAUUCUGUGAAACAGUGGUAGAAACAUCAGCAUUAAAAUGUUUCGCGGAAACUCCUAAUAAAAAAAAUAAGUUGACUAUGAUUGCUGAACCUUUGGAAAAGGGUAUUGCCGAAGAUAUUGAGGCUGGUCGAGUGAAUAUUAAAUGGCCAGUUAAAGAUAUUGCAAAAUUCUUUGAAGAAAAGUAUAGUUGGGAUGUGUUGGCAUCACGAUCAAUUUGGGCAUUUGGACCCGAUGAUAAUGGGCCUAAUAUGUUGGUUGACAAAAAUUUAUUAAAAAGUGUUAGAGAUUCAAUGCGUCAAGGCUUUCAAUGGGGAACACGUGAAGGACCUUUAUGUGACGAACCCAUUCGUAAUGUAAAAUUCAGAAUAUUGGAUACUGUUAUAGCACAAGAACCUAUAUAUCGUGGGGGAGGUCAGAUUAUUCCUACUGCACGACGUGUUUGUUAUUCUGCAUUCCUCACGGCAACACCGAGAUUAAUGGAACCCGUUUAUUAUGUUGAAAUUCAAGCACCAGCCGAUUGUGUAUCAGCUGUUUAUACUGUGUUGGCACGGCGCAGAGGGCACGUAACUCAAGAUAUACCUAAGGCGGGAUCCCCAUUAUAUACGGUAAAGGCUUAUAUCCCUGUUAUUGAAGCUAAUGGAUUUGAAACAGAUAUGAGAACACAUACACAAGGGCAAGCAUUUUGUCAACAAAUGUUUGACCAUUGGCAGAUUGUUCCAGGUGAUCCAUUGGAUAAAAGUAUUGUUCUUCGUCCUUUGGAGCCUAGUCCAGCUCAACAUUUAGCACGAGAUUUUAUGGUCAAGACUCGAAGGAGAAAGGGAUUGUCUGAAGAUGUAUCCGUUAGUAAGUUCUUUGAUGAUCCAUUAUUGCUGGCAAUUGCCCAAUCAGAUGUUCUUGGUGGAUAUGCGCUAUAA